GUGGCUACCUAUUGCGAUAUAUAACCGCGUGCUCGGCCAGAGACGAGAGAGAGAGCCUAGUGUCACACCACGAUAGACAUAUACAGAAUAGUAUUGAGACAGCGACUGAACGUCACACACCUCUGCUAUUCCACGCACGAUCGACAGUUCAUUCGUGAGAGUGAUCGAACGAGUUUGAACCUAGCCACAGCACCGUGUCUUCGUCAGCACACCAUCACAAACAUGCAGCAUUUGUAAGUACAUAGCUCUUCUUAUAGACUUAUGGUGUUUAAAUCUGCAUAUUUCAGUUGUGUUUUGAAUUUCGGAUGUGAGUGGUGAAGUAUAUGUUGUCGGAGCGCAAGCAUACAGUAAAUGAUAUCGUGGAUAUCAACGUGAUCAUACUCGUCUCGCCGCUGUGUAUUCUGCCUGUUAACCUCCCCGUUUACGAGCCCAUCCGUUCUCGUUAGUGCUAUUCCUUUGUCCUUUGUUCUCGGUGGGACCACACCUUUGUGUUUGUAAUGACUACCCCUCCCAGAUUUCCACCUAGAGAUCCACUCUCUCCUCUUCUAUCUGAUAUCAACAUAGAUAAACCCAUUGAUCAGUCGAUCGACGAUGACGAAAUUUCAUUCCCAAAAAAUAGUUUGAAAAAGUUAGUUAAAGAAGUACAGAGUUUGUCCCUAUUGGGAAAUAGUCCAACGUUCAAUGGUCGUGAGAAUAGCACCGUCUCAUUUGGAGAGUGGUUCAAAUCGAUUAAUAGAUUAUUCUUGAUAUUAGAUGAACAAACUGAUAACGAAAGAAUACGUACGGCACUUAGAUUAUUGACGGACGAACCAGCGUCGUACGCAGCCGAAAUUUUUACGACUUACCCGGCGAUAGAAUGGCGGCAUUUCAUACAAAUUUUACGUCAGCGAUAUACAGAUUGCUCGGAAAUUCCAGCAGCUCUGCAGAAAUUCAAAAAAGCCAGGCAGCGCGCGUCUGAAUCCGUACAGGCCUUCGCAAAACGUAUAGAGGCACAUGCACGCACUGCGUUUGGAGUAAUUACAGAAAAAGAUAUAAUUCAUAAUGCACGUCUGAUCGAACAAUUAAUCGACGGACUGGCAGAUGAUCGGUUAAAAAGAACUUUGGUAAGAAAGAAACCGUCAUCAUUCAUUGACGCAGUUCAAAUUGCGAAUGACGAGGGGGCAGUAGCUCUUGAAGUGAAACUAAGAUCAUCUAAGCCUGAAAUGUCGGACGUUUCACAAAUUACAGCAUCACAAACUCUUCAGCAGCAAAUUGCGGAUUUGAGACAAAUCGUGGCAGAUUUAACUCUAACCCGUAAGGCUGAUGGGGCAAGUGAGAAUAUACAGGCGCGUAGUUUGACUACCAUAAAUGAUAGGCAGUACCAACCACAGCAAACACGCUAUAAUUCACGUAUGGCUAGCCCGAGACAGGGUGAUCGUUAUCCUUUGUCUUAUAAAUCGCAGCCGUUUAACAAUUACCGAGCCGCUCAGCAGCAGUACAGCGCACGGAACGUGUUUCCAUCACAAACCGCUCGCUUUGCACAAACACAGUUUAAUCAACAAAGGCAGCCAGCGUACGCUCAAUCAAAUACACGCUAUGCAUACGCACCGGACAAGCGCCCGCUUUGUCAUUCUUGUAAACAACCUGGCCAUAUGUGGCGAGAUUGCCAGAAUCAGCGCAGACAGCCAGCUUCAUAUAACGCACGGGAAAACGAGAACGCUGCGUUCACGCAGAGACAGUGAAAGUGGCAACGAUUAUGAAUGAGUCUCACGGAGAUAUGCAUGACAUAACUUCGAAUGAAGGAACUACGCCUUCAUGCUGUGUGAAAAUUGGAGGGGUUUCAGUAAGUGCUUUGUUAGAUUCGGGCAGUACAGUGUCGAUAAUUGCUCAUAGUCUGUGGGAUAAAAUCAGGGAACAUUAUCAAAAGGAUUUCUCGCAGGGGAGUACUCAAAUCUUAAAUUCAGCUAGUGGUCAUCAUCUACUCGUUGAAGGGAGAAUAACCUUGCCAGUACGAAUUGCUAACCAAACUCUGUUUCAGCCAUUCUAUGUAGUUCGUGAUUUCACGCAAGCAGUAUUGUUGGGAUAUAAUUUUAUGCAACAGCAUAGAGUACAGUUAGAUUGCGGAAAUAGUUUAAUGACAGUAAAUGAUCAGACAGUGCCAAUGUGUGCUUAUGCUACGAUUUCGUGUGAGCAAGUAACACUAAAUAAGACUAUAGUUGUGCCACCCAAAACUACGUGUCAUGUACAAUGUAGACCAAGGCGGGUUACCAGUUCUAAACAGCUGC